UCGAAUAAAAAGAGAAUUGAAACAUAGAAAAACAUAGAAAAUAUGAACGUUAAAAGUGGAUCAUUGAAAUUAAUUGUGACGUUUAUUAUUUUAAUUGCAUUCGAAUAUCGCAAGACAACAACUGAUGCAACACGACUACUAAAUGUAAGAAAUACACAUAAGUUGCAGUCCCGAUCCCUAUUAUUUCCACCAACAGCACCAACUCGAGUGCAAUUUAUUGGUGGCAUCGGUAUACCGGUGGAGGAUUUAAAUUUUGAAUCUGUUACGUCGGGUUAUGUUCUGAAAGCAGAAUAUUUCCUACCGGAAACAGCUGAUGAAUUUCGACAAAAAUUAAAACCACAAACGAUCCAUCGCCGGCGUAAAAGUAUCAAUGAAACGUACAUGUACGACGACAAUUUCGACAAUGAUUCAUUAUUGAAUGAACUGAAUAACAAUAUGUACAGCAACGAAACUUCUAAUGUAUCUGAAAAUAUUAAACAUGAAGCCCAGAAUAAUCAUCAUCAACAUUCGCCAUCGGGCGAUAAUUCAAAAAGUCAACAAAAACAUGGAGCUAUUUAUCGUUGGAUUGUCUACAAAGCCAUGGAGACGAUAUUAAAUAAAUCGGCAUUAAAUGGACAUGUCUGUAUGUUGCGAAGUAUUUGUGAACAUGCUGCCAUACCACUGAAUUACGAGGGAGGCUUAUUAGCAGAGAUCUUGCAUAUAAUAUUAACACCUUCAACGUCCAGAGAUGAAGCAACAAAGCCAAAUCAUAAGGACUAUCUUAGGGCGGAAAUAUUGGGACGAUCUGGUGAAGAUUGUGAAAAAGCUUUUUAUCAGUGUACGAAGUCACCAAUGGAAAUAAUAUCAGCUGUAUUUGAAACAUGAUAAUCGUAAGACAUUUGAUUAGUUGACAUGAUUGUUAUUUCAUUAUAUGAUUUCAAAAUAAAUAUGACCUGAAAACACAUACAUACA